AUGUCAUCAUUCUGUGCGUAUUUUAUAGUUUUUCUUAUUUUCCAAGAAAUCACAAUUGGUACAGUUUCAUUGUUUGAGAAUUUGAAAUGUUAAAAAAAUAUUUUUUAGGACUGGCGAUAGCCAUUUAUAACAAAUUCUCACCUCAAUGGUUAAUUAUAAUUGUUUGUCGAAUUCUACAGUAUCCCACAUGUUUUCUGGCAAUUUUUGGAGUUCGAAAAAGUAAUCCAGCAAUGAUUGUACCAUUUAUGUUAUCACAGGUGAAAACAGUAAUAUAUUUCCAAGUACAGUAACCAUCUUUUUGCAGGUAUCUCUUGGUUCUUAUGCUGAUUUGCAUACUUAUAUUCAACUUGUAUCACUGUGUAAUUCUUCAUCUUCAAAAGAAUCUUUUGUAUUUUCAAACCCCAUCAUUUUAAUUGUCUUACCAGUUUUGAUUUAUUCUUCACUUUUAGUCAUUUUCAUAUAUUCAAUGUAUACAAUUGUUAGAGAAAUUACGGUAUCACGUGGAAUUGUUCCGCAUAGUAUUCAGGAUGAAUAUAUUUUGUAA